UCCCAGUCAUUUUCCUGCUUCAGAAGAAGCAGAAGGAUAUGAACCUUUCAGCAUUGCUCUAGGUGGGUUGGAAGGUAAAUUUACAACUUGUGAUGUUCUUCGGUUUACUCCAAUCACUAUUAUAGACAGAUUUAGUGAUUCCUGGUCUUUUUAACACGAAGAAUAUCUGUUGUUUUCUCUUUUGUAGAAUCUGUGGUUUGUAUGAUUUUAUCUACUGAACAGAUAGCACUAAUUAGAUUAUAAUUCUAUAAGAAAUUUUAAAAUUUGCUGUUCAUAAUUUCUGAUUGGUUUGCAAUAACUGUUUCAAUGAAAAUCAAUGGAAUUUAGUAUUUUAAUAUUUGCACCUUUGUGAAAUAUAGUAAAUCAAGCACUAUCACCACCUUUGCAGCUACUUAGGAGAUCCACAAUCCUGGGUUGGGAGCCAGUGGAUUUCUUGAAACACAGAUUUGUUAAUGCGUUUAUAAAAUGCUGAUGAAACGGUAUUAGUAAUGUGCAGUGACCAUCAUUGACUUUCAUGAUACAAUAAAGUUUACAUAAUUUUUAUGCUUUCAUAUAUCCUUUUAAUUCAGUCCUGUGUAUUUAUUCCUUCCUCUGUAAUGACCAGGAAAUUAAAAUGUUAAGGACAUAAUUUCUUAAGUUUUUCUUGUUGAUUUUUGAUUAGGUGAUACAAUCAUAUGAUUCAAAAUUUAAAAAAAUAUUAAAAUGCAUACAAUUAAAAAAAAAACAAAACUGCCUCCUACCUCUCUCUGUCUCUCAGCCACCCAGAAUCUCCGAGGGUAGCGGCUUCUUGUGUGUCUUUCAGAGACAGGUUAUGCGUGUGCGUCUCUGUAUUUUUAAUCCCUUGGGAGUAUUUCUGGUUCAAGGGAAGACCUGACAUACUUGUAAAAACAACUACCGACUGAAGACUGUAUGCUCUUUAAAAUCAUUUCCUUUAUGUCAUUAGAUUAUUUUUUGGGUUUAGUAUUUUUUAUGUUAGGAGACAGAUUUACAACGUUAAACCCAAUCCUGGAUUACAUGAAAUGGUUUUUCAUGAUUUACCUCCUUGUAAAAAACAUUAGUCAUCGUCUUUUUGUAAGUUGGAAAAAUACUCUUUGGAAUCCAGCAAGAAAUCAAGCAGAGAAGGGAAGUAAAAGAUGACACACCAGCUGUGCUGUGAAAAGACAAGUCCAAGAUGAAUCUGAAGACUGCCAGUUGACUGGCAUCAUUAAAGGUCCUAUGGCAGCGUAUACAAAGCUAUUCAUAAAGAGACAGGUCAGAUUGUUGCUAUUAAGCAAGUUCCUGUGGAAUCAGACCUGCAGGAGAUAAUCAAAGAAAUCUCUAUAAUGCAGCAAUGUGACAGCCCUCAUGUAGUCAAAUAUUAUGGCAGUUAUUUUAAGAACACGGACUUAUGGAUCGUUAUGGAGUACUGUGGGGCUGGUUCUGUAUCUGAUAUCAUUCGAUUACGAAAUAAAACGUUAACAGAAGAUGAAAUAGCUACAAUAUUACAAUCAACUCUUAAGGGACUUGAAUACCUUCAUUUUAUGAGAAAAAUACACCGAGAUAUCAAGGCAGGAAAUAUUUUGCUAAAUACAGAAGGACACGCAAAACUUGCAGAUUUUGGGGUAGCAGGUCAACUUACAGAUACCAUGGCCAAGCGGAAUACAGUGAUAGGAACACCAUUUUGGAUGGCUCCAGAAGUGAUUCAGGAAAUUGGAUACAACUGUGUAGCAGAUAUCUGGUCCCUGGGAAUAACUGCCAUAGAAAUGGCCGAAGGAAAGCCCCCUUAUGCUGAUAUCCAUCCAAUGAGGGCAAUCUUCAUGAUUCCCACAAAUCCUCCUCCCACAUUCCGAAAACCAGAGCUGUGGUCAGAUAACUUUACAGAUUUUGUGAAACAGUGUCUUGUAAAGAGUCCUGAGCAGAGAGCCACAGCCACUCAGCUCCUGCAGCACCCAUUUGUCAAGAGUGCCAAAGGAGUGUCAAUACUGCGAGACUUAAUUAAUGAAGCCAUGGAUGUGAAACUGAAACGCCAGGAAUCCCAGCAGCGGGAAGUGGACCAGGACGAUGAAGAAAACUCAGAAGAGGAUGAAAUGGAUUCUGGCACAAUGGUUCGAGCAGUGGGUGAUGAGAUGGGCACUGUCCGAGUAGCCAGCACCAUGACUGAUGGAGCCAAUACUAUGAUUGAGCACGAUGACACGUUGCCAUCACAGCUGGGCACCAUGGUGAUCAAUACAGAGGAUGAGGAAGAGGAAGGAACUAUGAAAAGAAGGGAUGAGACCAUGCAGCCUGCAAAACCAUCUUUUCUUGAAUAUUUUGAACAAAAAGAAAAGGAAAACCAGAUCAACAGCUUUGGCAAGAGUGUACCUGGUCCACUGAAAAAUUCUUCAGAUUGGAAAAUACCACAGGAUGGAGACUACGAGUUUCUUAAGAGUUGGACAGUGGAGGACCUUCAGAAGAGGCUCUUGGCCCUGGACCCCAUGAUGGAGCAGGAGAUUGAAGAGAUCCGGCAGAAGUACCAGUCCAAGCGGCAGCCCAUCCUGGAUGCCAUUGAGGCUAAGAAGAGACGGCAACAAAACUUUUGAGCAAGGCCAGGCUGUGAGGGCCCCAGCUCCACCCAGGCUUUGGGUGAAUUCUGGAUGGCUUGCCUCACAUCUGUUAGCCAGCACUUCUACUCUGUCGUCUCUCCACAGCACCUUUGUGAACUCAGGAAUGUGCGCCAGUGGGAAGGGCUCUCUUGACAGCCAGCGUGCCAUCUUGAUGUGUGUAUGUACAUUGGUCAGGUAUAUUAUUUCAAAGGAUUUAUAUUGGCGCUUUUAACUCAGAGUUUCAAACCCCAGGAACAGAGACUCCUAGUUGAGUGAUAGCUGGGAAAGUUUUACAUCGUCUGUUUGUUUUUCUUCUCCCAAUAGCUUUCAAUUGUUCUUUCUGGAAGACUUUUAAAAUAUAUAUAAAUAUGCAUAUAUAUAUAAAUUAUAAAUAGAUUCCCCACUCAGUGUGGUGGCAUCUCUGUACAGGUACAGUUUUAAACAGUUUGCCUCUUCUGUAAGAUUAUGGUACUGUGGAACAUGAGGGCAGAGGACACCGGGAGGUUGUUAGGGGGUCACUGAAUCCCAGGAGCCAACCUCCCCCUUUGCAGGGCUGCAUUUAAAAAUUAGGUUUGGGACAGUUCUUUUACCAUGGUUUCAGCCUUGUGUGGUCAUCACUGGCUUCUGGAACUGCUGGUGAUGUCCAAGGGAAAGCUUUGAGAGUUUGUGUUUACUCUUUGAGUCCCAGGAGAAGCCUGGUACCCUCUUUGCAAAUUGGCCUUUGCUCUUUCAAUGCCUUUCAUCCAUCUCCACUCUCUCAACUGCCUAAAGUCACAGCACAGAUACUGCCCAGUGCCUUAAGAGGAGACAUGAUCCACUGAGGGGAUAGGUCUACCAGGAACUCUCAGCAAACACGGGGCUGUGUUCAGUCCAUAAAGGAAAAGCAUUUUCAAAGCUCUCAUUGUUCAUGUAAAAAUCAUACACGUGGCAUUUUGCUCCACAUUCCUUACACACAGGGGUAGAGAGGAUUGCUUUUGUGACCCACAUUCAAAUAUGUGACUGUUUUCUUUUCUCUUUCACUGCUAAGCAGCCUGGAAAGGAUAAAUGAGUAUUAGACUAAGAUUUGUUCUCCAGGAGGCUCAACCUGAACUGAACACACAGAAUGUCAGAGCUGGAAGGGACUAUAGAGAUCAUCUGGUCUGACCCUCUUGUAUGGAUGAUUAGAAAACUGAGGUGUAGAGGGGAAUGGCCAAAAUCACAAAGCAAGUUAGCACAAGAGCUCGGACUAGAAUUCAGGGUCCUCACUCCCAGGCCACCGAACCAUGCAGCCCCUUCUUUGGGGGAAGAGACCUGUGUCAGUCUUGGUUAAUUAUUCCAGGGAACCUUGCUAACAGAAACUUGCUCUUGCCUUGUCUCUUCAGUAGGUAUGACCUGGCUAUAAAAAGAUUGCCUAGACGAGCCAGAUCAUUCAGUUUCAGCAAGUCCUUGAGCUCCGCAACAUCUGCCAGAUAUAGCAGACAAGCACCCAUGGAGGCAGGUUUCGGGCCUGAAGCAAAUCAGAGGGCUUUGCAAAAGACAGCAUAGAGCCAUCUUCCUGCAACUUUACCUCUUUCCCUCAGAUGGGGAGCCAUGACUGGCUUGCACCUCAGGAUACUGUAAUUUGACUCCAUAAUUGCUUUUGCUCCUGAAACCUGGGAAUCAAUGGAAAGGCAGGGAAUGUGCCUCUUCUGUGGCCAGAUUCUGUUAUUUGCAAUUAAAGCAAGUUUUUAAAAAAUGCAAGAGGCAGUUGUUAGUCUUCAGGGUUUGGCCACUGAAAUAGCUAUGUGGCAGAUACUGAAAACAGAGGACAAUUUGAGGAUCUUGCUGGAAUAAUAAAUGGCAGCUACCAUUUGUUGAGCACAUAUUAUUAUAUCAGGCACUGAGCUGGGUAGGCUCUAAACUUCACAAUAACCCUAUGACUUAACUACUUUAUCUCCAUUUUGUAGAUGAAGAAAUAAGUUCAGAGAGUGAUUCCUUCCCAAGGUCAUGCAGCUAGUAAAUGGCAGAAUCAGGACUCAUAGCAUCACUAUAGAGGAUCAAUAUUUACACAAAAAAGGAGAGUCACAAGCCUAUUUAAAAUAAAGUGACCACCUUUUCUUGCAUAGACUAACUGGCAUUUUUAGGUUGGAAAGACAGCUGAAUUAGUUAAGUCUGAUUGCCAAGUAAGUCUUAAAACCAAAGCAUCCACGAUGCAUACCCCUGCACCAUUUGCUGUGCGAAUUAAUAGUUCUGUCUCUCUCUCUCUCUUUUCUCUUUUUAUUUUUUGAGACGGAUUUUCGCUCUUGUCGCCCAGGCUGGAGUACAAUGGCACGAUCUCGGCUCACUGCAACCUCCACCUCCUGGGUUCAAGUGAUUCUCCUGCCUCAGCCUCCUGAGUAGCUGGGAUUACAGCAUUUGUCACCAUGCCUACAUUUUUUUUUUUGUAUUUGUAGUAGAGAUGGGGUUUCACCAUGUCAGUCAGGCUGGUCUUGAACUCCUGACCUCAGGUAAUCCACCCGCCUCGGCCUCCCACAGUGCUGGGAUUAUAGGCAUGAGCCACCGCUCCUGGCCUCUCUUUCUUUUUUAAACAAAUAACUUUGCACUUGGCCAGACAGGAGGAGAAAGCCCAUUUUCUCCCUUCCUAAGCUAGAUCCAAAUAAAAUAAAGUUCAGUUUCCCCAUAACCAUUCUUGGGUCAUGAACUUUGAUCUGGAGUUUGUUUUGUUUCAGGCAUGUGUGCACCCAGCUUGCUGAUCCAACAAAGUCUAUUGCUUACCAGCUUGAUGGAGCCUUUUGGCCAGAAGUCAAUUUGUUUUGGAUCAGAGAAAUUUCCUGACAAGGUGUAUUUGUUUUCUAGUGACAGAAAGGCAAAGGAGCAAGUCCUAGUUUUUUGUUGUUGUUGUUGAAUACUAAAUUAAGAUAUAUCAGCUUGCUUUCAUUGAGCCUUGGGCUUCAGUCAUUGCUUGAGCAUUUGCAACUCGAGCUUCCAGGGAAAUUUGAGGUCCUCGCUUGUUCUCUGCUUUCAAGAACAAUGACCUGAUUCUGUCUUUAAAAAAAAAAAAAAAAAUCUCUGAAUCCUUUUUUUUUUGAGAUGGAGUCUUGCUCUGUCGCCCAGGCUAGAGUGCAGUGGCGCCAUCUCAGCUCACUGCAACCUCCAUCUCCCGGGUUCAAGCGAUUCUCCUGCCUCAGCCUCCCAAGUAGCUGGGACUACAGGCGCUGCUCCACCAUGCCUGGCUACUUUUUGUAUUUUUAGUAGAGAUGGGGUUUCACCAUAUUAGCCAGGUGGGUCUUGAACUCUUGACCUUGUGAUCCACCUGCCUUGGCCUCCCAAAGUGCUGGGAUUAUAGGCGUGAACCACCGUGCCUGGCCAAAAAUCUCAGAAUUCUUUAAGAAUAUUUUAAUUGCUCCAUCAGUAAUUUUGAAGUAGAAAUUUUGAAUUUCCUUUUUUUUUUCUUUUUUGUCCUUUUCCCCUAGCCACCAAUUGGAUGGAUGAAUGUUUGAUGGGGAAGAGGAAGGGUGAGAGGAUGCAUGGAUGAGUGGAUGAGUGGAUCGAUAGACGUAUUGAUAAAUAGAACCAGUCAUCUGAAGCAACUUGAGAAUUGUAGCCUUAACUCCUUGAGACUAUAGAUUUCGAUCUAGGAAACAUUUAGCACCUGCCAGAUGCCAGAAAUUUAUACCAUUUAAAACUCAGUAAGUCUUUUCAAUAUCAGGAAUGAGAGAAGUGACAUCAUGAUACAUCCUAUGGGUAUUAAAAAGCCAACAGAAUAUUAUGAAUAAUUUUUUGCUAAUAAAUUUAACAACUUCAACAAAAUAGACAAAUUCCUUGAAAAAUAAAAAGUACCAAAAUUCAUUCAAGAAGAAAUAGAUACCAGCCUGAGCAACAUAGCGAAAUCCCAUCUCUACAAAAAAAAAUUAGUUGGGCAUGGUGGCACACACCUGUAGUCCCAGCUGGUCAGGAGGCUGAGGUGGAAGGAUCACCUGAGCCCAGGGAGGUCAAGGCUGCAGUGAGCCACGGUCUCACCACUGCACUCCAGCCUGCAUGACAGAAUGAGGCCCUGUCUCAAAAAAAAAAAGAAGAAGUAGAUAAUCUGAAUAGCCCUAUAUCUAUAGAAACUUAAUAGUGCUGGGAAAUAUAGGUAUUAUUAUCCUCAUUUUACAGAUGUGAAAAUUGAGGCUUGGAGAUGUAAAGUCUAUUGCUCAAGGUCAUGUGGCUAGAAUAUGGCUGAGCCAGGAUUCAAAUCCAGGUCUUCUGAUUCUUAUUCCAGUGUCCUUUCUAGCAUACCAUAUUGCCUCUAAAGAUUGCAGCUCCUCAUUUACUAGAAAUUUGUUCCUGCCCAAUCUACAUCUCCACCUCACCCCAUCUUUUCUUAAGCACUAUGUUUAUGUUUUCAUCAGUAUUAUAUUCAUUGUCUUUGGAAUACAUGUUCUUGUUUGUGUUUGGAAAAAAAAUCUCUUUUACCAGCUUGCACUCGGACCAACUUGGAAAAAAAAAAAAAAAAGCUUAAAUGCUGUUGCUAUGUACAGUUUAAAAAUGUGAAGUUUGUAGCUUUAACUUUUUGUAAGAAAAUCUAAUAACACUGGCUUAAGUGCUGACUUGAAAUGCUAUUUUGUAAGGUUUGGAUGUAAGUAAUCAAUUGAGGUCAGCAAUUUGUAUAAGUAUGAGACAUAGCUUCCUCCAUUGUCCCCACUCCUUUUUUUUUUUUUUUUUUUAUGUUUGAAAUGCUUCCUGUGUUUUUAUGUUAGAAUUGUUCUCCUUCCUUUCUUCUUCCUAUACCUCAUCACCUUUGUUUUAAAUAAACUGUUCUUUGGACCACAAACCCUUAUUAAUGA